AGCGAAAAAACUGUAGCUGUAACUAAAUGUUUUUAUAAAGUAACUUUUUAACUCUGCUUAUUUUUUAUGUCCGCAGGGUAUUAUGGUACUUUGUAUAAGUGUGGAUUUUGUUUACCACAACAAUGCCCCUUUGUCAACGGUCAUCGAUCAUUUCGUAUUGACUUCAUGCGGAAUUUUGACCAUUGUAAAGAUAGCGCUGUUACGGUUGCAUCACGACGACCUGCUGAAGAACCUAGGCAGCGCAGUGUGUGAUUGGACGUAUAUCACAAAACAGGAUCAUCGGCAAGUCAUGUUUCACUAUACCAAUCUGGGCAGAUUUGUCUUCUUCUUUCAGAUGGGUUCCUCGUAUUUUGUCAUCAUGCCAUUGGUAGUCGGACCACUCCUGUCCUCUGCGAUGUUGCCUUCCUCACAGAACGUCACAUUAACUGCAAAAUCCCAGAGAGAGAUGCGAGCUAUGGAAUUACCUCACGAGAUGAUCUGUCCGUUUGAUGCUCAGCUCGUUUGCUACGGUAUAUAUAUUCUUCAAACUGUUCAGCUGAUCACGACAGUCACGGGGAAUGUUGGCAGCGACGUUUUUCUCUUUGGAGUUUGCAUGCAUCUCUGUGGUCAGCUGGAACUGCUCGGUCUAGAACUGUUGCGGUUCCACGAAGAGAAGAAGAACGGUUGUGGGAAACGAACUAAAAUGGUCACACUGAUCGAGAGACACUGUUUUCUUCUGGAUCUAGCCAAAGACAUCGUUAAUACACUCGAUAUCAUUUUGAUCGCUCAACUGAUUCUCCACGCUUCGCUGAUAUGUUUAAUAGGAUUACAGCUCAUUGUGUCAUUGGCAAGCCGUGAGUUUAUUUUUGUCACGAGAAGCAUAAGUUCUUUUAAUAUAUUAAUGAUACAGCUGUUUUUAUACAGCUACAUGGGAGAAACUUUGUCGUCAAAAACGCAAGCGAUUUCUCGCGCGAUUUAUUUAAGUAAAUGGUAUGAAAUGCCACCAAGCAUUGUCCGAGAUAUAUAUUUUAUAAUAGUUCGUGCUAACGUGCCCGUUUGUAUAAAAGUGGGUAAAUUCUAUAAUAUCGAUCUCAACAGUUUCAAAAAUGUUCUGAAAUUGUCAGUUUCUUAUUUUUCUGUAUUACAAAUUAUGCUGGUUCAAUAAUGAUUGUUAGAAACAUAAAUAUAUUUGAUAAAAAUUUAUAUUUUGCUUUUUACUUCUCACAAAGUAGAAAGUAGAUAAGCGUAACAUACCUUCUGUAUCACUUUCGAGCGGAAAAAUUCAUAAAAUUCGACUGACCGUCGACGCAGCGUUGCAAUUGCGAAAUAAAACGUUAUGCACACGGAACGUAACAUAGUGACUGAAUUGUGCAUACAAGUAAACGUCUUCUCUAUGUAGUAAAAUAUAGGUAUACGUUGUUCGACGUCCGCAACAACUUAGAAGAAAUGGUCACGUGAAUUCAACGACAAUUUGGCGUAAAAGCAUAAUCUUCAGCACUUUCUGAUAAUGCGUUAAGAAAGUAGGGACGGGUUGAUAAGCGGGUAUACGUUUCGAACUGAAUAAAAAAUGCACAGUAAUACCUGCGUUGUGUCCAUGUACCGGACACAUUACUGGUUAUUGGCAUCAGUUACAGUCAUUACCUCGCCCCGAUGGCAAGCGAACGAUGGAAGAACGAUACCGCGUACGCGAUGACUCCCUUCAAGCUGUUAACGUGGCCCAUCGGUAUUUGGCCACUUCAAACUUAUAACAUCCAUUCGCUAAUACGAUUCAUCUUUGCCACUUGUUGCAUGAGCAUAUUAGUGGUCUUGCCUUCCAUGGAGUUUCACAUGGGCUGCACUAACGCGGAGCAGAAGAUAGACGGUCUCAUGUUGGCCUGUUGCGGCAUACUCGGAGUGCUGAAGUCUAUAUGCUUUCGCAUAUACGCGAAAAACUUAACUGACAAUUACGGUUCCGCCCUGAAUGAUUAUCUGACGAUUGAAAACACGGAGCACCGUGCCAUUAUGCGAAGACACUCUGUUAUAGGAAGAAUUGUAUCUUGUUUCAUGGUGCUCUUUUCUUACGUUAGCGUGACGAUAUAUUCGCUAAUUCCUCUUCUGGGUGAAGAACUGGCUGAUGAUCAAGAUCACAUUAAGAUCAUUAACGUAACAAAUGAAGAUGUAUUAGAUUACCCAAUACCAUCAGGAUGCGCAUUAGAAUACUUGCAUGUCCCAAUAAGCAUGUAUAAAUUUACCUGUCUAUUGGAAUUUAUCGUGCUAGUACUUACAUGUACUGCUAAUCACGGUAAUGAUGCUUUGUUCCUCAAUAUUACAAUACAUAUGUGUGGUCAAGUGCAAAUUUUGAAGACCAAUUUCAUGGACCUUGCCUCAGAUCCGCAAGUCUAUGAUCGUUUUAAUACUCUAAUUCAGAGACAUAACUAUCUGAUGGAAUUGGGCAAAAAACUGGAUGAAUCGAUCAGUAUAGUUUUGGUGACGCAGUUAUUUAUUAGCAGCAUAUUGUUAUGUAUAAUGGGGUUUCAAUUUAUCUUAGCAUUAAAAAUGAACAAUAUUGUUGUAAUGGGGAAAAGCUGCAUGGUAUUGUGUACCUUCUUAACACAAUUAUCCGUAUAUAGUUUCGUCGGGGAUUACUUUAAAAACCAAAUGGAAGAAGUUGGACUUUCCAUUUAUCAAAGUAACUGGUAUAAUCUUCCUGCGAAGUUGGCGAGAAAUUUAAUCUUCGCCAUUAUGCGGACACAAUCUCCCGUCAAGCUGCAGGCUGGAAAUUUCAUCGUGAACAUUUAUGGAAAUACUUGGUAUAUGGCCGCUGCAAAAGAGGACGAUAUUCACGAUAAUCCAAUGGAUCUUGGUAACAUUUGUGCAGGCAACGGGAUCAUUGUUAGUUGUCACCAUUCUUCUUCCUGUGUAUGGAAUUCACUGAAAAUACUAGUGACGCUGGUGGAAAAUGACAAGGAAUCGUACAAGAUCAUGAAGAGACAUGCGUCUAAAUCCAGACUGUGUACUUUGUGCAUGCUGUACUCAGCUUACAUAUGUGGUUCUCUUUAUAUCCUCACUGUCAUAUUUAUAAACUUAAAAGGCUUUUUUUUACAAGAUCAAAUGAUGAACGCGUCAAAUGGUAAUGUUAGUACGGAUGAUAGAGUGUUUAUAAUGCCUUGUGGAUUACGUAUAAUAUUUUGCUUGAAAAACGGCGAAUAUGUCGAUUUAACGAAAACUGUUAUGCUCUUGAACUACAUGCUCUUGGAGUCACUGAUAUACUGCUACGGCGGUGAUUUUAUACAAAAAGGAAGUGAAGGUAUAUUCCAUGCAAUGUUCAUGGCUUCCUGGUUUACGCUUCCUGCAACGUUGAUGAAGGAUUUUAACUUCGCAAUGAUGAGGUCAAGCUAUCCGUUUCGUCUUACCGGCGGAAAAUUUUUCUACGUCAAUCGCGAAGCGAUAGUAAAGGAAUAUUUUGCUCGUGGAAAGAAACGCAGACCUACUAUACAGAACAUCAUCGUUCAAUUCGUAAUUGAUUGUAAGCAUCUAUACGCUGGCACAACAGCAUUAUACAUUGAAAAUGGUGUGCAUUAUCGGACAUUUCAAAGAUGCGCGGUAGACACAAAUUUGUCAUAUCACUUAUCUUACUACCCUAAAGGUUGGUCACUGCGGAAGGACCUUAUGCGUAUACACGAUAGCAAUUUUCUUCAGAGCAAAAGUAAGGCAUCGACCCGAGCAACCCGUCACGCACGACUACAAUUUUCCUUUUUGAGGUCGAAACCGGCCAAUACAUCGUUAAACAUGAGGACGAAUUGGAACAGUGGUAUAGAUUAUGGCUUUUCUACGAUAAAAUCGAUGAUGUGGAUACUUGGUCUGUGGCCUUUGCAGCGGGAUAACGUAGUUUACACGAUUCAAUGGUUCAUAAUGUUCACAGCAGCGUCUCUCACAAUGAUCAACGUGCUGAUAGAACCUUUCAAGACCUGUGAUGCUGUCAGAGACGGUUUCGAAAUUCUGCGUUUAACAGAAAGCAGCAUACACGGAUGGUUAAACAUCAUUUUCCCGCGAAUUUACAUGAAAAAGAUCGCCGUUAAUAUCAAUGCUGCGAUCAAUGACUGGUCGUCUACAGCUAUAAAGAAAGAGUCGCGCGUAGUGAUGAUGGCGUACGCACGUACAGGACGUCUGAUCGCGCUGACUCACUUGAUUGUUGGGGCAUUAGCAGGCAUCUUAUGGUACAUAUCCGUCUUCCUCAGCAAUAAACAAGAGGCUGCAACUGUAGGUAACGACACUGUGACUACAUGGAAUUUUGUCCUUCCAUCAACAUGUUUGUACAAAGGGGUUUCAUAUUUCACGUAUAAAAUAUUGUUUACGAUGCAAAUAAUACAAGGAAUUUUAAUAUUGAUAUCGGAAUGUGCUUGCGACAGCUUGUUCUUUAGCAUCACUAUGCAUAUUUGUGGUCAGUUACAACUUCUCAAAAUACAGUUUAUGGAGAUUAGCAAGAAAUGCCGCGAAGAAAAGUGUCAUGCGAAUGUUUUGAAGCCAUUCGUUAAAAGACAUUGCCAACUGAUAGUACUGGCCAGGAAUAUCGAAGAUGCUUUUAGUAUUAACAUUUUACUACGCCUUUUAAUAAUUAGCGUAGUCAUUGCAGCUUCAGGAAUAGGAACUCUCCUGUCAAUUAAGCAACAAGAUUAUAAGGAAAUGAUAAAAAUGUUAAUAUCCAUUCAAUUUUAUAUGGUGCAGACCUUUUUGUAUACAUAUGCCGGCGAUAUGUUGCAAAAUCGAAGCGAGUCGAUUGUUUACGCCAUAUACAGCUCCCCAUGGCAUGAAAUGUCGUCCGUCAUGGUGAAAGAUCUGAUAUUCAUUAUGACGAGGAUGAAGAACCCUCUUCGAAUUAGCGCCGGAAAAUUUUUCUAUCUUACGCGAAACACUAUGACAGAUAUCUUGAGAACCACCUUAACAUAUAUAUCGUUCUUACAAGUGACAAUGAACAAAAAAUUCCUUCAAUAACUUUUGUGUUAUAAAAAGCGACAUAUGUAGAUAAGUAAAAUAAAAUAUAAAUUAUA